GCGGUGCAAAGCAGUGCACACUGGGGAGACUACGGGACGGAGUGCCAAAGAUAAAGGACAGCAAAGCCAUGCGGGCGAAGCAGAUGGGACUGGAGGUGCUUGCGGUAGCAGUCUGCAUGCUGAGCACCGCGGUGGCUGCCCCCUCUGUCUACAGCAGUGGCGAAUGCUACUUCAACACUAAAGCAAGCUGUGAGUAUCGGGGCCAGGUGUUUAGGAUGGGUGAGAGUUGGACCAACAAGGAGUGUUACCUCUGCGUCUGCAUGGAGCCAUUCGGAGUGGGCUGCUGUGACCAGGACGCACAGCCGGUGGAUUACCCGGACUGGUGUGAAGUGGUGCAGAAGCCAGAUUCGUGCACCACUGCUGUUGUGAUGCGGGCGAAUCACAAGCUUCCAUGUCUGCAUGGACGGAGAGGACGACUGCGGCCUGGGACCGCACAGGCCUGGAAAUCUGAUAAUGACCCUCUGUUCUGAAAACGAGGGUCACGGUUUAAACUUGUUUAUAAACACGUGUAUUAAACAAAUUAGACCGCAACAACCUAAUUACAACAAACUACAUUAAAAUACUUAUAUAUAGAAAAAAAGAUAUAAAAAUUCACAAUACAAUAAUAUGCAUGGAAUCUUUGUGAAAGCUGUGGUCAAUGCAUGAAAUAUGUCUAUUUUUACAAUAUCUUGAAAAUAUUCUUUUUUUUUUACAGUUUACAAACAGUUAUUUUCUGUUUGUACGUUCCGGUACUAAGUGUCAUUUCUCAUGGGAAAUUUUCAAGUAACUGAAUAAACAUGGCUUAUAGAAAACAAACGGCUGGGUUCUCUAUAUACGGAAAAAUACACAUUUCACAUC